GUAUAUUCCACCGAGAUACUGUACAGCUUCUGCCGGGUCAUGUCUUGUCACCUUCAACUGCACAUUUUGUAGCAUUUCGUUCUUCCUUUGUUUUCUGUUUGAGUCGGUGCAUGUCUUUGUCUUCCACACUGAACCUCCAAGCUGGUUGAUCACAUUGCCUUAGCCUUGAGCAAUGCCUCCCCAUCCUAAUACCUUGCGGCCUUUGCUUCGUCUUCGGCUUGCAGCAACUUGUGCGAAACGUCGCUUUGCCAGCUCGCUCCCUCCCAAACCAGCAACGAAACCUCAAGGCUCCUCACAGCCCUCCUUUUCGCGAACGAUCCCUCAACGUCCGGGAGGACAAAUAGACCAUUCCUUGCCUCCAGAUUCCGCAAACAAGCAAUUUUACGCAGCAAAACUGUACGCUGCGGGCCAGCGAGAAAUAUACAGGCCGCGAUCGCAUGCUGGAGUUCUCGGGGCUUCGUACAUCAUAGCUGCAUCCUGCUUCAUCACAUCAGGAGCUUUGGCGUUCAGUAAUCUGUGGGCAUACGAUGCAGACUCGGGGUUUCACUGGGUUGUAAGAGUAGGGUACCGACUUGGGAUAAUCACAUUCACGGCGCUCGGAUGUAUCGCCCUCUUGCGCCCAAUAAACCUCAUUAGAUCGAUUGAUCUCGUAUCCUCAGACGGUGUGGUCAAGCUGCUGGUUCAGGUACGACGGCCUAUACCUUUCAUGCGACCAAAACAAUAUCUCAUUCCUCCUUACGAGUUUCGGAUGGAUCGGACGUUCGUGCAGCAGAUGGAAGAGCCUGAGUUUGUCCAUGAAGAUGCGCCCAGACCAAAGGGAGUCUUGUCAAGGAUAGCUCAAUCCAUCAGUCGAGCAAUCUGGUACCCGUUUGCUGCGACCAGGACGCUCAUGACUCUCGAGGGUAUCAUGUCCGUGACUUUGACUGAAGAAGGCACCAAAGCCAAGCUGGACUCACAAGGCAAAUUCUCCAACCAUGGAGAGGACAUCGUCAGAAUGGGAACUAUUGUCCUCUGAAAGCUCGAGCACAAGCAUAUGGACUAAGCUUAUGAAGUGUUGUGAUCAAGGAGCGUAAAUGGAGGUCAAAAGUUGUUAAGUUGGUUGGCUGCAAAAUUUGCCCUGGUCAAACGUCAUGUCUCAGAGAACAACGCUGUAUACAUCUCACGUUGAGCGUCUCUUUCAAACCUGUAAAUGCCAGGUGGCCUGCAUCUCCAAUUAUAGUUGGGCAGGAUGUUCGGGAUGUGAGCAUCGGCUCCUCCGGCUGAACAGACUCUACCGCCUCACGAAACUGCCUCACCAGCAAGCAGGCAAGCACGACCAGUUUUACCGCUUGGCGAGACAGCAAACUCGCCAACCUCAGCAGCACCCAAUCUUGCACAUCCUUCAGCAAGAGCUAUUUUGCAUCUUACUAGCAAAUAUCUCAAGCUCCCCUUUCAUAAUGACGACUCAGCCUGAACGAAGUGACGAAGAACGAACGGCAAAGGCAGCCCAGGUGGCGAUUACGGAUGUUGACGCCAGGACCGACACCAGAACACAAUUUCCCUUACCAGGCUAUCACCACUUCCACUGGGGCGCCUCUUCAGCUCAGCCUGCCGCGCCCAGUCGGCCUACUGUGGGCAGUCGAACAUAUCAGACACACUUACGUUCAGUCGACCGUCCCGUCGCAUUGGAGAGCCGCGCAAUUCGAAAGUUGCAACUUCGUUUUCCAGCCAGUACCAUGUCGCUUCGGGGGGUCGAAACUCGAUGAACAGAUUACUCAAGUCCAGUGUCACCACUCCAAGAAAGUGUCAGGAACGUCGCAAUAUUCAGAGGGAACUGGGGAUGGAUGUUCAGGAAACUGUCUAUAGUAUGAAUACUGUCUAUCAGAGUACCCGUCUUGGUAUAGGUUUAGUCCCAUAGCAGACGCCUAGGCACCGCAAAACAAGCCUGUUGCACCUGAUCAUCGUCC